UAAUAAAAAAUAAUAAUAAUAAAUUAAUAAAUACAGAUAUUUGUGCAGGAAAAAAAAUGUAUUUAUGAAGGCUAGAAAUGUUGCUGUGCAGUCAAAUAACACACCACGAGUAAUUCUUUUAAAAUUUUAAGGCUUUUUUUUUUUUUUUUUAAUUUCGCCUAUAUUGUAGUGCACGCGCUAUUAAAUUAGAAAAAAAUUCAGGCACGCGGCGAAAGCUAAUGGAAACACGUUUAAAACUCAGCCGACGUGUCGUUUUACGCAUUUAAAGCGGUUUGUGUGCCCCAAAAGCGAGUUUUACGGAGUUUUAAAUGGACUGUUGCUGUAGGAAGUUCAGACAAUGCAGCCACGUGCUCGCCAAAGUUUGUGUCUCCUCAAACAGAAACUCUGAUAAAAACAAAGUUAGCUUCGCUAGCAUGCAACGGCGCACCGGGUAAGCAUCGUUAAACCCUUAUUUUAUUUUUUAUUUCUGAUAAUUUGCUUAUUUUAACACAUUCACGCAGCUCACAUGAACAUUACUUCAACAACCGCUGCAUGUGUGGUGAAUUCACGAGUGCGCCUGGUGAUGUUUUUUUUUUUUUUUUUUUAAACACGAAGCUAGCUUGAAAACAUAGCAAAACAAGCUAACAGUUAUUUUUUUUUAUUAUUUCACAUUACUUUGUGUUCAGAGGUAGGAGGACAUGAGCUGCAAUGCGUAAUAGUAGGAGGAGUGGAAGUAGUUGGGACGCAACGGUGCUGUUUUUUUUUGUUUUUUUUUUGAUAGUCGGAAUAAAACAUGAUGACAGUCCUGUUAUUGCCUACCUGGAGCACUCUUUGACCAUAUCUGACAAAGAUGGUGUCUUCCUCCAUCUGUGUCUCCCUGUCAUCUAGGCAUUGCAUGUGCCAACUUUUUGCUGUGAAUAUGCCUUUGUGAGAAACUCUGGCUCGUCACCCUCGCCGGGAUUCCCCGCAAUAUUUUCAACAAGAGAGGAGAAACAAAACACACACACUCACAAAAAAAAAAAAAAAAUCUGCAAAAAUGGACAAAGAAACUAUUGGUACCCAAUAUGAGCCUGUGGCCGAGAUUGGAGAAGGAGCUUACGGGAAAGUGUACAAGGCGAGAGAUUUGAAGAACGGGGGACGCUUUGUAGCCCUAAAAAGAGUUCGUGUCCAGACGGAGGAAGAGGGGAUGCCUCUCUCCACCAUCCGGGAGGUGGCGGUACUGAGGCAGCUUGAAGCCUUCGAGCACCCCAAUGUUGUCAGGUUGUUUGAUGUGUGUACAGUCUCUCGGACUGACCGAGAAACCAAACUCACGCUGGUCUUUGAGCAUGUGGAUCAGGACCUGACCACCUACCUGGAGAAGGCCCCUGACCCCGGAGUACCACCUGAGACCAUCAAGGAUAUGAUGUACCAGCUGCUCCAGGGGCUGGACUUCCUGCACUCACACCGCGUGGUUCACCGUGACCUGAAGCCCCAAAACAUCCUGGUCACCAGUGGGGGACAGAUCAAGUUGGCCGACUUUGGUCUAGCUCGCAUCUACAGCUUCCAGAUGGCGCUCACCUCUGUGGUGGUGACACUGUGGUACAGAGCCCCAGAAGUGCUGCUGCAGUCCAGUUACGCUACACCAGUGGACCUGUGGAGCGUCGGCUGCAUCUUUGCUGAGAUGUUCAGGAGAAGACCGCUAUUUCGAGGAAACUCAGAUGUUGAUCAGCUGGGAAAGAUUUUUGAUGUUGUUGGGGUACCUUCAGCAGAAGACUGGCCACAAGAGGUGGCCCUACCACAGAGUGCCUUCACACCCCGGCCCCCGAAACCAAUAGAAGACUUGGUUCCAGACAUGGACGAGCAGGGACGGGCCUUGUUAAUGCAAUUCCUCGCCUUCAAUCCCUCCAGGAGAAUAUCGGCCUUCGCUGCGCUGAGUCACCCCUACUUUCAAAGCGUGGACAGCCACAGCAGAAGUGUGUACGCGGCCCAACCCAUCCCCAGCAACAAGCCCACUAUGGAGGAGAGGACUGCCUGAUGGUCCUCCUUCACCUUUGAUCAUCCAUACAGUGUCUGCAAAAAGUAUUCUCUGUACCCCACCUUGGUGUUUUUCAUGCUUUACUGCUUGAAGGUUUUUGACGCUGAUAGGCAGAAAAAAAGUCACUUUCAAAAUGAAGACUAAUCAAGUAGAAAUGUAGAAGGCAAAAUAAGUGAUUACAGAAGUAUUCACCUCCUCAAAGAAAAUAUUUAGCAGAUGCACCUUAAAGCUUUGAGUUUAUGCGGCUAAAUCUGUUAAGCUCAUCACACGACUGACUAAAAGUUUUCAUGUUCUGCCUUAAAUCCUUAAUUGUCUUAUGGUCUGGAUGGUGAUUUGACCACUUGAGUGUUUUUUUUAAAGCAGUCUAGUGCAGCUUUAUGGUUUGCAGGUGGUUUUCCUGCUUCUCCUCAUAGUAGCAGAGCUUCCUCUGGGAUUUUUCUACAUUUUGCUGCAUUGAUUUCAUCCCUAUCCUCACAAAUCCUUAAGAGCCAACUGCAAAGUCUCCGCAGCAUGAUGCUACCAAGCCCCAGCUUUGCAUAACAUGUAGUUUGUUGGUAUAAAGGCUUGAAUUUAGGGACAUCCAGCCACAGAGCCUUGUUUCACUUCUGCACAUGGUUCUUAGCAAGCUGACAUGUCAUGAGAUUUUUCAACAGUGGCUUUCUUUUUGCUAGUUGGCCAUAGUUCUAGUAAUGGCAGGCAGCAGCUGCCUAGUCUCAGUUAGUUGAUGCCACCUGCUGGGGUCUGCAAAUGUAAAUGCAUUUAACUUAAAAAAAUAAAUAAAUAAAUAAAAAUCACAUCUUGAUCUCUACCACCAACUGCAUCAGUGAUGAAUUAUCAGUUGACAGUUCUCUCUUUAACAUGACUUUUUUUUCUGAUCCUCAGUGUCAAAAAGCUUUAUUCAUUUUGGUUCCACAUUUUAUAUGAAACAAUACAUGAAACAGACACAGGGAAGGGGAAUACUUUUUGUAGUCCACGUACAAAGCUCCAGGAUGUACUCAUAAGGAGGAGAGUGAAGAUUGUGUCGAGAACACCAGCGCUCUCACCCCUGAACCAUGCACACAAGCUGUCCUCCUUCCAUGAACUGAUGGAUUGUUAUUGCUGCUUUUAGGUUGUGAAAUGUUGAUAAUUGACUGUGUGUAACAAUGCAAAGAGACUUGCAUCUCAGAUUGACUGCUAGUAGCGGGCGGACAGACUGUCGAGGCCAUGAAGCCGAAGCCUCUUUAUGACCAAGUGUUUAGCCUUGCAAGAGCCCCUCGGACUGGGGGACUGGACCGUACAGGAGCCUGGAUGGACAGCAUGGAGUUCACCUGCCUUUAUGUUUAACUGUGUGCGUGCGCGCAGCACGAAGAUAAACAGUUGAAGCGCACUCACAGAUACAUACACAACAUUUAGUGUGUCCACUGCCGCUGACAUAAGCACGCUCAUGUACCUAUGUACUCAUUCAAACAUUAUUAGGCAUCACAAGCCAGUCACUCACUGCCAUGUCGUUAUCAUUCCAGUUUUACCUAUAAUAUUGCUGCCGCCUUGUGGAUGUCUGGAGUAACUGCAGACCAGUAGCGGGAUUCUAAUGGUUUCUGCACUCAUCUUCAAGGAACUCAUCGUAAUGGGCUGAUAUCGGUGCUGAGACAAUGAUGAAAGAACUUAGAAAUGUUCCUGCCACUUGUGGUGUUUAAGACUUUUUUUUAUGACUUUUGGUCUGCCAUCACGGACUUUUAUCAGUAUGAAAACCAAUUAAUAUUUACUAUCCAAAUGAUACAGUAAUGCACAGGCUUGCAAUAGGUGGAGAAAGUCCCACCAGCACUAUUCAACAUGAAAACAUUUGGCAUAGUAUUGUGUCACCAAUAUUCUGUAUUUAAUUUUAAUUUUAUUGACAAGUCUUAUGCUUGUUACUUGAUCUUUUUUUUUCUUUUUUUAAGAUGCUGGGGCAUACAAUAUUCUUACACCAAUUACACCAACUCAUUAGAUGAUUAGGGAGUUUGUGUAAGAAUAGUUUGACAAUGUAAGGAAUGUAUAAAGGAUAGGCAUUGGUACUAUACAGUAUGUUGUGCUAGCUGUAAAGUACAAGCUGUAAUGAUAGAAAACUUUCGAUACGUGCAUUGUCAGCACAUAGAUAUGUCGUAAAAAUGGAUAGACGUAGAGUAGCGAGGGUCAGUGGAAUGUUGUAUGGAGAGUCUUUUGUCCUUUGCAAAUGUUGGGUGGGUUCUGUGGGUGCUUAAUGGAUUUCCUUUACCUUGGAUUGCGAGUGACUACAAAUUUUAUCGUAGUUUUGAUAAUGAAUUAAUGCACAAAUAUUUUGUGUACAGUUUUUGCUUUAUUUUCCAUUCAUGUGCUGUUGUAUUCCAGUUCAGUUUUUACCAGCAAGAAAAAAAAAAGAAAGUUAUGCAGAGUUGUAUUUUUCUAUGUAUGUAGUAGUUCUUGCAGAACAGUAACAUUUUAACACUGGUUUAUGUUUUCUUAACAGGUAGUGCUGUUAGCACACACACACACACAGACACAUUCUCUGACUUUCUCAGGUUCUUGUUAUGGACGUCCGAACCUCUCGGGCACAGUUUGCACAUCUCUGGGCUACUAAAUGACCACAUUACAACCCCUUCAGGUUUUCUUUCAAGCUGUUUCAUGAUCAUGUCAUUGAUCAUAGUCUACUGUCAUUCCUAUUUAUCAAGUAUAUGUUACUGUAGUCAUUACUGUCUGAAGAUAACUGCCUGUAUAAACUGUUUUUGCCAGCGACUUUUAACUGCUAGAUGUCAGAACCCGACAGGAAAACAUGUGUAAUUGUCUGCUUAACUAAAAACACUGUGUGAAUUUUCUGUUUGAUAACAACUCAGAUCUGGUGUAAGUGAUGCAUACAAUGCAGUGGAAGCUACAAAUACAUUACACAUAGAGGUUUACACUUAAAAUAAUGACUGCUUUAGUCUCAUUACAGUUAAUGCAAUUACUGUAUGCUUUUCUUAACUAAUUUGCAAUGCAUUUCAGUCUCAUAACAACUUAAGUCCACGGUUGAACUUUUAGCAGUUUCACUGUUUUGAAACCAACAUAGCUUGAUCCAUCAUAUCACUUCAACUGGCAUUAUACUUAUGUAUUAAUGCAUUGGUGUCUUAUUAUUGUGUUGCACCAGCUGAAUAAAAAGCAGCUUUUUAUGAA